UAUGUUCACAAUAGGAUAAGCAUAACUCAGCCGAUUCAACGUUUUGACGCACGAACAGAUUGUGUAUGUCUCCGGUGUUUUGUAGGAGUGUCCGUCUCUCAUCUGCGCGGCAAAAGCACGGGGCAAAACAAAAGCAUGUGGAUGUAAUUUCAACAAAGAUUACAUCAGACUGGGAUUGAACUCAACCACUAGCCAUGGGGAUUCGGUCGGCUCAGAAGAAGCAUUUCCCUCUUCGGGGCAUUGAUGGAGUGGUGCAGCUUUUCGAGUCCGAGCUUAACAACCCAGAACCAGACUUGGCCCUGCUAUCCCUAGUGCUGGGUUUCGUAGAGCACUUUCUCGCUGUCAACAGAGUUGUUCCCGUCAAUGUCCCGGGCGUUCGCUUUGAACCUCUUAAACCUGAUAGUCCCAACUCUUGCUUCCCCACAGUCGAGCUGAAUCUCGUAUCUGCCCUUUAUGAACGCUUCCUGGCCCAGAUUCGUGGUGCCGUGGACAUGUCCCAGUACCGCAAACCGACUGGCGGCUCCAGCCGUGAGCUUGUGAAAAAGGUCUCAGAUGUGAUCUGGAACAGUCUUAGUCGGUCGUAUUUCAAGGACAGGGCACAUAUUCAGUCCCUCUUCAGUCUCAUCACAGGUACAAAGCUGGACAGCUCAGGAGUAGCUUUUGCAGUGGUAGCUGCAUGUCAGGUGCUGGGCCUGAAGGAUGUUCAUCUCGCUCUCUCGGAAGAUCAUGCCUGGGUCAUCUUUGGCAAGGGUGGGGAAGAGACUGCAGAGGUCACAUGGCAUGGGAAGGGCAACGAAGACAGAAGAGGUCAGACUGUCAGCGCUGGAGUCAAUGAAAGGAGCUGGUUAUAUCUUAAAGGCUCCUACAUGAAGUGCAACAGGAAUAUGGAAGUAGCGUUCAUGGUUUGCGCCAUCAAUCCUUCUCUAGAUCUGCACACAGACAGUACAGAGUUACUCCAGCUCCAGCAAAGGCUGUUGUGGCUGCUGUAUGAUCGAGGUGAUUUGGAAAGGUAUCCCAUGGCAAUGGGCACUUUGGCUGACCUUGAAGAUCAGGAACCCAUGACUGGCAAGGAAAGCCCUCUCUCUAUUCACCUUAAGGCUGUUGACUCGGCUAAAAAAUAUUACAACAACGAGCACAUCUACCCUUUCAUGUAUAUAGCAGGGUACUAUUACAGGCACAGAAACGUCCAGGAGGCUUUGCGUUCCUGGGCAGAGGCUGCAUCAGUAAUGCAAGAUUACAACUACUGCAGAGAGGAUGAGGAGAUCUAUAAGGAGUUUUUUGACAUUGCUAAUGAUGUCAUUCCCACCCUUCUUAAAGAGACAACAACUGCUGCUGAAAGUGGUGGCGAAGGGGCUGAUGAAAUGGAAAAAGAGGACCAGCCCAGACAGGUCGCUGCUUUGUCUGCCCUUCAGGACCCAGAGUGCUUUGCUCACUUACUCCGGUUCUAUGAUGGGAUUUGUAAAUGGGAAGAAGGAAGUCUCACGCCAGUGCUUCAUGUAGGCUGGGCCACCUACCUGGUUCAGUCCCUUAGUCGCUUUGAUGCACAGAUUAGGCAAAAAGUGUCAAUCAUCACCAAAGAUGCAGAACCAGUGGACGACGAUGAUCAAUCCAGCGAGGACCCGCGUGAGGGGCGUAGACGGGUCCCGAGGCGAGAAUCCAAGUUAGAUGAGCAGGCAGGACCAUCGUCUCCAAGUGCAGCAUUGCCCGCUCAAAAUCCAGUUCCCAAAAAGGUGGGCGGAGAAGGAGGACGGCGUCGUUCCUCUGCUGGCACUCGAGGUAAAGAGUCCGAUGGCAAAAAUGAGCCAUCAUCCCCGAGUCCCACACCUUCACCUUCCCAGCCACCCAUAGUGCAGGGAGGGCCGGUGGUGGCUUUCCACAGUGAGAAGAUGAAGGGUAUGAAGGGGCUGCUUUCUGCGGCCAAGAUCAACUCUAGUGCCAUUAAACUGCAGCUCACGGCUCAGUCUCAAGUGCAGAUGAAGAGACAGAAACCCACACCUUCUGGAGAUUACACCUUGUCCUUCAUGAAACGCCCUCGCAAAACUCUUUAAAACGC